AUGGCAACAAAAAUCAUCUACUUCACAGUGAAUGGGAGACCAGAGCAGGCUGAGUUCCCAGUGGAUUGCCCUGCCCCGGAUGUCAAAGAUCUUUUCCGCUCUGCAGCCGAGGCCGGACCCCAUGACAUCCUGAAGCUGUACAACCCCAAGGGCAACAUCAUCAACAUCUCCCCAGGUUUAGAGCCCAACAGCCCAAACUCCUGGUACAAGCUGGAGGUGGUGGCUGCCGACUGCAACAGUGAGCCGUUAGGUGCGGAGCUUGCUGGUGCACUAGGAUUUGACCUCUCAUCCAUGGAGAAAAGACUGCAGGGCCUGGAAAAGAAAAUCCUGAUUGAGGCUGGCGAGACUCCUGCAGUCGUGUAUGAGAUGAAGAAACAGGUGGAUUCAUUCCAGGAAAAACUAGAGAGUGUGGAGCAUCUGAGCUGGCUUGGAUUGUUUAAAGACCUGUCAGAGGGAACACACAAGCCCUCACCAUUCUACCACAAGAGAACCCUGCGGAAAACCAGAGAGGAGUGUGAGCAUGUACGGGAAAAGUUUCUUCAAAUGAGCUCUCUGGAGGUAUCAGAAGAAGUUAGGCAGUACUUAAAGACCCCCACCUUUGACAACUGGCAGUGGGAGGAUGCAGAGAUCAUGGUGCUCCUGCAGGUCAUGUACACAGAUUUAGAUUUCAUAGUGACUUUCAACAUUGAGCCCGAAGUACUGCAACAGUUCCUGUUUGAAGUCUACCGAAGAUACAACAAUAUCCCCUUUCACAACUUCAAACACUGCUUCUGUGUUACCCAGAUGAUGUAUGGCUUAAUAUGGCUGACUGACCUGAGGAGUAAGAUGGACAGCAUCGACCUGCUGAUCAUGCUGACCUCUGCAGUCUGCCACGACCUUGACCACACAGGAUACAACAAUGCCUACCAGAUAAAUGCUCGGACGGAACUUGCACUUCGCUACAAUGACAUCUCUCCACUGGAGAACCAUCACUGUGCUGUAGCUUUUGAGAUACUGGAGAAGACAGAGAGCAACAUCUUCAGAAAUCUGUCCAUGGAUCAAUACAAACGGAUAAGAGAGGGAAUCAUCAAAUGCAUUCUGGCCACUGACAUGACAAGGCACAAUGAGAUUCUCAGUGGGUUCAAGUCCAUCCUGCCUGCUUUUGACUUCACCAACAAGGACCACAAAGAUGUGCUGAUGAUGAUCCUGAUCAAAGUGAGUGACAUAUCCAACGAGGCACGGCCAAUGGAGGUGGCUGAGCCCUGGUUGGACUGUCUUCUACAGGAAUUCUACAACCAGAGUGAUGUGGAGAAGCUAGAGGGUCUUCCAGUCACCCCUUUCAUGGAUCGGGACAAAGUAACAAAACCUUCUUCUCAAACAGGCUUCAUCAGAUUUGUCCUUCUGCCUCUUUUCAUCGAACUAGCCAACCUCUUCCCCUGCCUGGAGCAACACAUCAUUGAUCCAGUACGGAAGGCUCUUGACUACUACACAGAGAUGGAGAAGGCCCUGGAGAGGGAGAAACAGAACCGAGCUCAGAGUGAGAAUGCAGCAAAGAGCAAGGACACAGCUGUGAGCGCACAGAGCACAGCUGACAGCCACACAGAGGCUGGGCCUGAAGCCUUGAAACCAGACACACAGUGAACUAUGGUGGACGAAACAUUUAGGAACU